CGGGCGCAGCGUGAGCCGGCGGGGCGGGGCUUUUACGCCAGGCCGGAAAGCAGUGCGGUCGCCGCGACCGUUGCCGCUCUGACUAGCCAUGGGGAAGAUCGGGCUGCAGUUCAAGGCUACUCUGGAGAACGUGACGCACCUGCGGCCCGUGGGUGACGACUUCCGCUGGUACCUUAAGAUGAAAUGCGGCAACUGCGGGGAAGUGUCGGAGAAGUGGCAGUACCUGCGGCUGAUGGACAGUGUUCCCCUGAAGGGCGGCCGGGGCUCUGCGACCAUGGUGCAGAAAUGCAAGCUCUGCUCCCGCGACAAUUCCAUCGACAUUCUGAGCGGCAGCAUCAAGCCUUACAACGCUGAAGACAGUGAGAAGUUCAAGACGAUCGUGGAGUUUGAGUGUCGGGGCCUGGAGCCGGUGGAUUUCCAACCCCAAGCAGGCUUUGCGGCCGAGGGUGCAGAGACCGGGACCACCUUCAGUGACAUCAAUCUGCUUGAAAAGGACUGGACGGACUACGACGAGAAAGCCCAGGAGUCGGUGGGAAUCUACGAGGUCACCCACCAGUUCGUGAAGUGCUGAGGAGCCGCCCGCGCCCCGACGAGCGCCAGACCCAGAUCAGGAAACUGAGGCCCAGCAGAAGUGUCCGAGGGCGGAGCUGGGAUGUAGACCGAGGCCGGGGGUUCCCGGCUGCCUUUCUGUACACUCUACCUUGUCGGCACCUUUUUUUUUUUUUUUUUUUUUUUUUUUUU